UUUGUGAAUCCCGACACUCCUCUGAAGCUUGCUGACCACUUUAAUAUCUCCGGAGUCUUUCAAUUGGAUUCUAUCCCAAGCGUUCCAUCCAAUGGCCCUGCAAAUUUGUCAACUUCAGUUGUGAACUCAACUCUCCAUGACUUUAUUGAAAUCGUUUUCCAGAACGAUGAAGAUAACUUGCAAUCUUGGCAUCUGAAUGGUCAUGAUUUCUGGGUUGUUGGCUAUGGUUCUGGGCAAUGGAGUAAUGACAGUAGACAAGCGUAUAAUCUGGUGGAUGCUACAACCCGACACACUGUACAGGUGUUUCAGAAAUCUUGGACAGCGAUAAUGGUAUCCUUGGAUAAUCAAGGAAUGUGGAAUUUGAGAUCGGCGAAAUGGGAAAGACAGUAUUUGGGACAUCAGCUAUAUCUUAGGGUUUUUAGCAAGUUGGAAGCCAUAUUUAGGACUUUCAUUCUAAUUUGAAUCUAUUUAUGGAGUUUCCCUACCUUUAUUUUUAUUUAUUUUUAUUAUUAUUAUUAUUAUUAUUGUUAUUAUUAUUAUUAUCUGUUUGUUGAUGCAUAAGGAACAAUGAUAUG